UCUGCCACCUGUGCUUUCUCCAGUUUUUCUUUCAGGACUGUAUUAAUAAUAGCCCGGGAUUCUCAAGAACCUGAACAUUUAGAGCCGUAAGAGAUUAAUUCCUGGUCGUGACUGAUUUCCCCCAUAUUAUUCCACUCAACUCCCAAGCUCCUGUAAUAAUGCUUUCCUCUCUAGAGCUAUUACUUCUGACAUGUUUAUGUGCAUCUAUUUUUUUCCAUUUUCACAGAUAGGAGGCUGCAGCAGUCUGAAUGUGCUGUGUGUGAGGGACAACCGUCUGACGCGCAUCCCUGAAAUUUCACAGGCUACAGAGCUGCAUGUUUUUGAUUUGUCUGGAAACAGGUUAGGCAGUUGUAAGCCUGAGUUGUUAGGGGUAAAUCCCAGAAUAAUUCAACUCCAAAUUAGGUACCAUUUGUUCCCCAAAUAUACAGGGGGCACUGAUAUUUGAAAAGGCAGAUCAGGACCCUGUAUACAAAUAUAGAAAAUAUAUAAACACACCUAUAACAUUUGUUCUGUCUAAACAUACUAAUGGGUACAACACAGCAGUAAGUGGCAUGUAAAUUGGGUUUGGCAUAUUUUAAGUAACAUAAGCAUGUUGCACAUAAUGCUAAUGCAGAUAUGAAUGACCCAGCAAAAGCCAUUAUUAUUUCCCUGCAACUUUUCAUUGUGAUCAGAGUUGGCAUUCAUAGUCACGCUGACUUGUAUGUAAAAAAUAAAUAAAUAAAUCUACUUCCCACACUUGCAUACGAACAUGUUUGGCAGGUGCAGUUGCAUGAAUUCAAUAUGACUCAAGAAUACAUUGUUUAAACUGGAGUCAUUUUCAGGUCACAGGGGUUUUCAGGGAUUAUUAGGGGGCCAUGAUGGAGAAGGGCCAGUGGGGGAAUUUCACCAGGACACCAGGGUUAUACCCCUACUCCUUUACGAGAAGUGUCCUGGGAUAUUUAAUGACCACAGAGAGUCAGGACCUCGGUUUAACAUCUCAUCCAAAAGACUGUGCUGUUUUUACAGUAUAGUAUCCCUCCUCACUAUACCGGGGCAUUAGGCCCCACACAGACCACAGGGUGAGCGCCCCCUGCUGGCCUCACUAAUACCACUUCCAGCAGCAGCCUUAGUUUUGCCCAGUAGCUCUCCCAUCCAGGUACUGGCCAGGCUCAACCUUGCUUAACUUCAGUGGGAAACAAGGCCAGAACUACAGGGAGAACUGCAAGGCAGCCAAUAUAUUACAACUGAGGGAAUUAAAAGCCACUAGGUGGUGGAGGUAGUAUGUUUUGUAGGAUUUUAUAGAAUCGUGACUGUACACAGAAGAUGAACUGAUAUUAGAUUUUAGAGUUGAUCCAAACAAGGUCAAAUGUCAGAAAUAGUUUUUCUUCAAUAGCUUUCUUGCUUUUUGAGGCAUGUAUUUUAAGGGUAUUUGAGUUUGAGACAUACAGAUUAGUAAUGAGACUAAAGGAAUGGACUAGACUUGGUGGUGGUGGAGGCAACCCUGAGUUCUUCUUAUUCAUUCUUAAAAUAGUUCAUUUGAUCAUUUCUUUUUUUUUUUGAUAAUGAAGAAAAACAACUCACGAAAUGUUUCCCCCCAUAUCAUCUAUAUUUCUUUGUUUUCGCUAUUUUGUCCUAUGCGUAUGCAAACAUUAGCACUCCGUAUGUAUGAAUUCCUGUGUUUGAGAAGGUCUCUGCUCAACGUGAGCCCUAAACGGCAUGGCUUGUAGGAUUUUAAUUUGCUCUGUGCCUGUCUAGCACACAUUCUUAUAGAAGAAGAAUACAUUUUUUUGGAAUGUUUGAUAAGCAGACAGAGCCUAAAAUCUGUCACUUUCUCUCUCUGCACCUGAGCUGUUUUAUGUCCACCCGCUGGAUUGCAUGGCUUAAAGAAGCUUAUCUCUGCCUAACCACACUCGUCGCUAUUAAGCACUAACCACAGUGGCAAGUGGCAUCACAUCCACUGCUGUGCACUGAGAGUGCACCAGAAUUAAUUUUGUAUAUCUAUAUAUAUUUUUGCCUACGAAUGUAAACGUAGUGUCGAUAAAGACGAAUAGAAAGUUUGUCAUUCUUAACCUCUUCUGAGUAGCAGCUGUGUUUUCUUGUUUAGGCCGAGGGAUUAUGAUCAUUUGUGGUGACACGGACCGAUGAGGGUGGAAAACCCAUGGAAGCUAGGUCACUGAGGGGAGGAGGGAGGGAGAGACGGAGACCGAGCAGGAGCACAGACACUCAUGCACAAAGCCUCUAAAUAAGUCCGGGUUUAUACAAGUCGAGUAUAAUCUGAGCCCUAAUCUGACGUUGUUUACUUGCUGGGUAUCGCAGGUGAACUCUUCAGUUGAGGUUACUUUAUUUUGGCUUAACCUUCAGCUUUGGGAAAAUAUUUUGGGAAUGGUGAGGUGAGACGUGAUAGUGGAAUGUGUGUGUGUGUAUAUGUAGGUUCUGAUAACCUGGUACGCUAUGGCACUCUGGAGAGUCUCGUGAACGACGUGGCUGAUGACACGUGGGACAACAGAGCCACGAAUAGAAUGAGCACCAUCCGAUUCCUCGAUGACGACGAUGAACAGGGGACGCUGUUGCGACGGGCCACGCCGCACCCCGGAGAGCUGAGGAGCAUGAAGAAGGUGGUGGAGAAUCUCCGCAACGGUCUGAACGCUGCCAAAGGCCUGGACUCCAACAAAAACGAGGUCAAUAACACUGUGGACCGAGUGACUACAUCUGUGUGACCGCUUUGUUUUCCUCCAAGAUGACCCAGUCCCCAUCGUGUCUUCCCACAGUGCACCUCAUCCAGCCUUCUCCCUGUGCUUUUUCUCCCUUGAAUGUGACUCUCCUUUCUCUGUGCUGGGUCUGUUCUGUUCUCUCCUUCAUCUCCUCAGAUCCUGAAUCAGGGAAAGACCACCAUGAUAGGUGCCUUCUUUUUUCUUUUUCUUGUUUAUCUUCAGAGCAAUAAUCCAUGGACUGCACAAUUUCUUUUUUCUUUUUAAAUUUUACAAUCCAGCCCCUUUUUUUUUUUUUUUUUUUAAGCUUUUUGAUUUUUUCCAAACACAUACCAAGUUAAAAUAAGUAGGUGCACUACAUUAAGUCUUAUACUAAUGCUGACAGAAGCUCCAGUUAUAUAUUUACAUUCUAUUUUUAAUUUUUUGUUUUUUAAACACUGGGUGGAUGUUUCUUUUUUCUUUCUUUCUCAUGAACAUGAACUAUAGCGCGGGACUGGGGGCGGAGAAACCAGCGUGAACUAAACUAACGAACCUAAACAUGAAACAUGACAUGAACUAUGACUAUGAAUUGAACCAUGAAACUAUGAACUGUGACUUUGGUUCUCUAUCGUAAGGACACUCAACUAAUCUACUACAACUCAAUAUUCCGCGCUGUGUGCUGGGAGGCGCGCGGUAUAUAUACAAACAUAAUCAGCCUCGUAAUGGCUGAGGGCGAUUCAGACACACAUGAAACAACAACCAAUGACAGAACGGGGAGGAGACAUAACAGAAACAUAACAAAUGCACGUGUCGAAAUGUCACGAUUGUCAACAAGGGAAAAGCAGGUGCUCGCGCACCUGCUCGUGCACGCGCGCUCACAUGCUCCACAGCGCGCUGCUUAAAGGGGAACUCAUGACAGAACUUGGUCGGCCGUGUCGGUAGACUCGGGCUUGAGCAGAACUUGGUCGGCCAUAUCAGUAGACUCGGGUGUGAGCAGAACUUGGUCGGCCGUGUCGGUAGACUUGGGCUUGAGCAGGGCUUGGUUGUCCGGGUUAAGAGACACUUGGGACAGUAACUGGGCUUUGCAGUGGAUCUGUGGAGCUGAGACCCACUCCUGAACCUCCGGCUGGGGCUCUGAUGCUGGGGCCUCCCUGUUGACCCGCUCGGCAGGUGAGCCCACCUCGUGUGUCUCAGGUUCGAGCUCUGAGGUCGCCAGGUUAACCUCAGGCUGGAGCUCCGGAGCUGAGACCUCCCCAUAGGUCUCGUGCUGGAGCUCUGAGGCCGCCAUGUGGACCUCUGGCUGGAGCUCGGCGGGUGAGACCUCCUCGUGGGUCUCAGGUUCGAGCUCUGAGGUCGCCAGGUUCACCUCCGGCUGGGGCUCGGGUGCUGAGACCUCCGACGGGAGCUCCGAGGUCACCCUGUUGACCCUGGGCUGGAUCUCUGCACGGGCUCUCCGGUGGAGUUUCUUAUGCUCCCGCCAGCUGCUCUUGAAGCAUUCAUGAGAGCAGUAGAAUGCUUCCUGGAGACCCAGUUUUUUGCAGGUAGGGCAUUGUAGCUUGGUCUCCCUCCUGCAGCCCUCAGACAUGCAUGUCGGUGCCACCUCCACCACGUUGGCUGGAACCUGAAGCAGAUCGGUGGAGGCUGACCUGUCAAUCCUCUCAUAAUAGAGGUUAAAGGGCAGGUCAGGCUGGGGCUGUCCAUUGACUCUCCACCCCAGUAAAUCCAGACCAUGAAGCUGCCCUGGCUGCGUGAACUCCUCCAUAAAAAGUUCUGCAAAUUGAGUGACAUCCUGGAGGGCAGAGGACUCAGUGCUCACCAGCUGCUCCGCCCAGUCACGGGCCGGACCGCAAAACCUGGACACCAAGAACCCGAUCCACUGUCUCUUAGUAGGCUUGGGAUACGCCAGGCUGCAGAAAUAUUCCUGGCAGCUGAAGAGGAACUCCUGCGGGUAGCUGCUCAAUCCCGCUGUCUCUGGCGGCAGUUCAACGGCGUACCGUUGAGGGAACUGCACGGACAAGAAAUGUGAGGUCAGUAAUCGGAACGUUUCCCGAUAAGGUAUUGUCCUGCUACUCCCAUUGUAGCGUGAUGUCUGCCCUGUCUUCCUGCUGCAUCCAUGUUACGGCAGAAUAUUCUGUCACAUUUCGUGACGCAACGGAGAUAAGGUAGGAUGCAAGUGCAGUAUGAACAGUUUUAUUGAGAGACACACAGGCAGGUAAAUCCAAACAGUAAUCCACAAACAUAAUCCAGUAACAUGCAAAGUUCAGAGGCCACACCUCCUUCACUUUGACUGAGACACAGGACACACC